GGAGACAGUUCUAUUCGCUUUUUUGAAUACAACAUCGAUGAAGGGAAUGUCUACUACCUCAGUCGAUUGGAUAGCUCAAGCCCACAAAGGGGCAUCGGUUUCAUGCCGAAACGCGGUUUGAAUUUGAAUUCUAACGAGAUUGCACGAUUCUAUAAACUGCACAAUGAAAACUGGGUCGAAGUGAUCCCGUUUAUCGUACCUCGACGAUCCGGCCUAUUUCAGGAUGACUUAUAUCCGGAUGCUGUUAGUACCACCCCAGCCAUGACGGCUGAAGAAUGGUUUGAAGGAAAAGAUGCUGAUCCUAUACUCGUAUGUUAUCCAUUAUAUAAAGGUUUUUUUAAUGAUUAUUAG